AUGAUAAACACAGGAAGUAGUAAUGAUAAUGAUAAUGAUAAUCAGAAUAAUAAGGAUAGGAGGGAAGCACGCGCCGACGUCGUAAGACCCUAUCAGAUCGCAAACCGCACGGUCAGAACAAGCAAAGAUGAUACCCGCUCGGGAUUGGAAGCAUCAAUCCACGACGACGGCGACGAAGGUUCGACCGACAGAGCAUUGUCGCCAGGCGCCAAAUGGAAGGGGGAGGAGAAAAAGAGGAGAAGGGCGGGGGAACUUGAUGCCUGGCCCUGUCACGCCCGUCACACUCGUCACAUGUCUCCCCCGCUAGUCUACUUCAGGCGUAGUGAAUCCCCCGACUCCCCCCUUAUCGAUAAUGCCUCCCGCCUCCCGCCUGUCCGCCUUUCCGCCUUCCCCAACUGGGAAGCUGCGAUGGACCUGGAACGCCGACAUCAUUCUUUCCUUUCCCUACUUACUACUCCUCCGUAA